AUGCCCACCGCCACCGCCACCAUGAUGAUGGCGCCCACGUCGUCGGACGCGACCUACUACUACUUCGUUCCCGACCUGCGCGCCCUCGAUCCCGCCGCCCGCGAGGUCGACCUCGACGCGCACGUCUGGGUCCAGCCCACCGUCAUCGACGACGACGACCUGACCUUUGGCGGCAAGUCCCUGAGCACCUGGUACGAGGAGGAGCGUCGCCGCCUCAGCAGUGGCGGCAGCGACGACGGCCACAGCCAGUCGAGCCACAACGAGGAACGCAGGGGGCGCGAGCGCACCCGCAGGCAUCACAAGGGCGCCUUGAGCAAGGGCCAUGGCCACAAGUGA